AGUCCUUCCUUAUUCAUUCCCAAACACAGUGAUACCUCAAAAGUCAAAACAUGCACUAAUCAAUCAAUAAUCAUCCAAACAUACCGUUGAAGUUUGAAACCCUUCUCUUCUCUCCUCCCAACAAAACCUCCCGUUUCAACUUCAGCUACGAAGAAACAAUUCAAAUUCCCGCUUCCUUCUCCUUCCAGCCACUCCCUCCAACUAGCGUUAAGCUUUGAUUUGGGAUUCAGAUGGAGAAAAUGCCAGGUAUUGCAGAAGCUGAUGAGUCACCAACUUCUCCUUCCCUACCAGAUUCACCUUGGCCACCGACUUCACCUUCACUACCAGAUUCACCUUGGCCACCAGCUUCACCUUCAGAACUCAAUGUAGUGGCUGAUAUGGAAACGGCGCAAGUACCUCCUACAGAGCUUUCUAUUAUCCGUAAGAAGGGGUUUGGGACCACAGGAAAGAGGAUACAAUUGCUUGCCAAUCACUUCAAAGUUGAUGUUACUGAUCCAGAUGCAAUAUUUUUCCAAUAUAGUGUUGCUAUUACUACAGAAGAUAAAAGAACUGUCGAAGGCAAGGGCAUUGGGAGAAAAUUGAUUGAUAGGCUUUGCCAAACUUUCUCGUCUGAACUUGGUGAUAAAAGGUUUGCCUAUGAUGGAGAGAGAACUUUGUAUACAGUUGGUCCUUUGCCAUUUGAUAAGUUUGAGUUCAAAGUAUUGCUUGAGGAAUCAUUUGCGAAGCACCCUGGUGCUGAUAAUCCUGGUGCCAAUGGAAGCCCUCAUGAAGAAACCAAAAGGUCAAAGCAUUCUUUUCAGUCCAAGGCAUUCAUAGUGGAGAUAAGUUUUGCUGUCAAAAUACCCCUGCGGUUCAUUGCUCUUCCCCUAGAAGAGGUUGAGUCAGAUACUAACUAUCAGGAUGCUUUGAGAGUGCUUGAUAUUGCACUGAGGCAGCAAGCAGCUAACAGAGGGUGUCUCUUGGUAAGACAAUCUUUUUUUCAAGAUGAUGCAAGGAACUUCAGUGAGAUCGGAGGCAAUUUGAUGGCAGUUCGUGGUUUUCAUUCUAGUUUUCGUCCAAUGCUGGGUGGAUUGUCUCUCAAUAUGGAUGUGUCCACAACAGUGGUCUUAAAAGCUGGACCUGUAAUUGAAUUUCUUCUUUAUAACCAGAAUGUGAAGGAAACCCGUUACAUUGACUGGGCAAAGGCAAAAAAGGUGCUUAAAAAUUUAAGAGUGCAUGCAAAACAUCGUAACCAGGAAUUUAAAGUUUCCGGCUUGAGUGAGAAACCUUGCAUUCAACAACUUUUUAGCAUGAAGUUGAGGAAUGAUGAUGACAAAAAUCAAGGGGAGACAGUCAAUAUUACUGUAUAUGAGUAUUUUGCUAAACACCACGGCUUGAAGCUGACCUCUUCUGCUUAUCUUCCAUGCCUUGAUGUUGGGAAGCCAAACCGGCCUAUUUAUCUGCCUUUGGAGCUAUGUUCUCUUGUUUCACUCCAGCGGUACACGAAGGCAUUAUCUCCAAUUCAGAAAGCAUCUUUAAUUGAAAAAUCACGCCAAAAACCUCAAGACAAGAUUAAGACUCUGACAAAUGCUGUAGGAAAUAAUUCCUAUGAUCAUGACCCUGUACUUGCUGCAUGUGGAAUUUAUGUUGACAAGAAAUUGAUUGAGGUUGAAGGUCGUGUUCUUGAGCCACCAAAGUUGAAGGUUGGAAAGAAUGAUGAUUGCUUCCCCAAUAAUGGAAGGUGGAGUUUCAGUAAAAAGACACUUCUACAACCAUCACACAUUGAUUACUGGGCUGUUGUCAACUUUUCUGCACGUUGUGAUACCAGUUACUUAUCGAGGGAGCUGAUCAAAUGUGGAAUGAGCAAGGGCAUUAAUAUUGAACGCCCAUAUACUUUAAUAGAAGAAGAACCACUGAUGAAAAAAUCUAGUGCUGUUGCAAGGGUUGAAAAGAUGUUUGAGCGGCUUACAUCAAAGCUGACAAGAGAACCAAAGUUAAUUCUCUGUGUCUUGCCAGAGAAGAAACAUUGUGAAAUUUAUGGGCCUUGGAAGAAGAAGUGUCUCAGUGAUUUUGGUGUUGUCACACAGUGCAUUUGUCCUCUCAAGAUCACUGAUCAAUACCUUACAAAUGUACUUCUUAAAAUCAACUCUAAGCUUGGAGGAGUAAAUUCUUUGCUGGCAAUAGAGCACUCUGGGCAUCUACCCCUGAUUAAAGAUACCCCAACAAUGAUUUUGGGAAUGGAUGUUUCUCAUGGUCCUCCUGGUCAGUCAAAUCUUCCAUCGAUAGCAGCAGUUGCAGGAUCACGAUGUUGGCCACUGAUUUCAAGGUAUAGAGCAUCUGCAAGAACACAGUCAUCUAAGGAGGAGAUGAUUGAUGCCUUGUGCAAGCCUGUGGAUGAAGAGAAUGAUAAUGGUAUUAUCAGAGAAUUGCUUCUAGAUUUCUACGAAUCAAGUGAUAAAUGUAAACCAUCUCAAAUUAUUGUCUUCAGGGAUGGAGUUAGUGAAUCACAAUUUAAUCAGGUUUUGAAUGUUGAGCUUAACCAGAUAAAGAAGGCGUACGAACUUCUUGAGGCUGUCAUUAUUCCCAAGUUCACGGUAAUUGUGGCGCAGAAGAAUCAUCAUACGAAGUUGUUUCUAGCUAAUGGUCCAGAAAAUGUUCCUCCUGGGACUGUUGUUGACACAAAAAUCACACAUCCAAGGAAUUAUGAUUUCUACAUGUGUGCUCAUCAAGGGAUCCAUGGAACUUCCAAGCCUGUGCAUUAUCAUGUGCUGCUCGACGAGAUCGGUUUCUCGGUAGAUGGCUUACAAAAUUUGAUCCAUUCGCUGUCUUAUGUGAACCAAAGGAGUACAAUUGCAACCUCAAUUGUGGCACCUAUAUGCUAUGCACACCAUGCUGCAGCUCAGAUGGGGCAAAUGUUAAAUUUUGAUGAUUUGUCAGAAAAAUCUUCAGAUGUUACUUCAGAGGGAAACAUUCCCAUUCCAGAGCUUCCAAGGUUGCAUAGGAAUGUCAAGAGUACCAUGUUCUUCUGUUGAGAGCUCUUAAAUUAGAACACAUUUUGAGUGAUCAUUGAAACCGUAAAUAUGAAAGCUGUAUAGUUGGUAUACAUGCAAAUACACCAUUCCCAGAUUUUGUUUGACUUUGACCGAUAGAGGUAGAAGAUAUCUGUGCUCUUUGGUUAGUGAAAAGAUUUUGGGAACCACAUGACCUUUAUGGGGCUUUGUUCAUGAUAAUUUUGAGGUCAUUUUGGAUA